UUGGGAAGUAGGCUUGAAGGCCGGGCUCAAUCAUGCUCGGGCCUGAAUUAAUGGUUCUACGUUGGAGCCUGAGCGUGGCCCGGCCUGGUCUGCUCCAAAAGCGAUGCGUGACCGGAUGACGAACCCUGUCCGACCAGGUUGUUUCUACCCUACCUAUCUACAUGCCUCAUUUACCCACUCUAGUUGUGAUGUUCCAGGCUUGGAGACCGGGCUCGACGGCAACCGGCGCAGCAUUCUCUGCCCCCUGUUCCUUCCCUGCGUCCAUGCUGCGAGGGCUCGUUAGGCGGCAGUCGCCUGCCUUCCUCCAGCUCCAGUGGCAGCACCAGCAGCAGAGGUGGGCGCGCACGGGGCCGUCGUCGCGGGGCCAGCGGGCGGCGGCUGUGGCGGCGAAGGGGGAUGGGAAGUCGGAGUGGUGGGUGGUGGACGGCGAGAUGCACGAGAUCGGGGAGCACGUCCCCCACCGGGAACGGUUCGUCAUUCCCAGGGAUAACCUCCCCAACAAGCGCCGCAAGCAGCUCCGCGAGCAGUUCAUGCGUCGUACCCGCCUCGUCCUCAAGGACUCGGAGCAUGAGUCUUGGUGUAAACGGUAUAUGGAACUAUAUCAGGAACUUAGGGAGAACUGGGAAAGGCUGUACUGGGAUGAAGGUUAUUCAAAAAAAAUUGCACAAGAUCAUGCUAACUAUGAUUCUGCUGAAGAUGAUGAUUUGGAUUUUUCACCAUACAGGAGAAGGCGAUCUCAUGCAGAAGCAAAUAAGGGCCAGGGUUUUGGAGGAAAUAAACAAGGUGAUACUUGGGAAAGGGUUACACAAAUUCGUGACAAGUUUGAAUAUGAUAGAGAGAGAAGAAUGAGAGAGAAAGCAUUUGCUCCCAUGAACAUGGCAAAUGGUUUUAGCCCACAAGAUUCAAAUUCCAGAAAUCAGCCUUUUGAUGCUGACAAAUUCUUUCCGCAAUCUUACAGAGACUAAAUGGUCGGCAAUUACUGAUCUGCUGAAUGAAGAGCUGUAUCCAUCAGUUGUCCAAUGAGUAGAGACUGGUUGUUCGUGUGACAGUACGUCUGGAUCUUUCUAGUUUAGUUAUGCACUGCAACAAAGCGAACAAUAAUAUCAAACAAACUACUCACUGAAGCUACCUCUUGUAAGCCAUCACCUUUCUGUUUCAAAUAAUUAAAUUCUAUCGAGCAGAAUAUGCAGUUCUUUUGAGAGAAAUGGAGUAUGUAUUUUUGUUCCGGUCACUUUAAUAUAGAAUUAGCUUGUACAGUUUUAUAAGGCA